GGAAGCGGACCUAGCUCAAGUUCCCAGGGGAGCAAGCGGCGGCGCACGGCAGGAGGAAGGACGCCCCAGAGCUGGUGCAGGAGCUGUGGGCCUGGUAGGAAAGAGAAAACCCUUGUGACACUACCAGGGAUGUCUUCCUUAAGUGGGAAUGUACAAACCGUUUUGGGCCUUGUAGAACCAAGCCACCUGGGACGCACCUUGACCCACGAGCAUUUAACAAUGACCUUUGACGAUUUUUACUACCCACCUCCUCCAUGCCAUGAAGCUACCUCCAAGGAACCUAUCAUGCUGAAGAAUUUAUUCUGGAUUCAGAAAAAUCCUUAUUCCCAUCGAGAGAACCUUCGGUUGAAUCAGGAGACGGAAGCCAUAAAGGAAGAACUGUUGUAUUUCAAGGCUAAGGGUGGAGGAGCCUUGGUGGAGAACACGACCACUGGGCUCAGCAGGGACGUGCAAACACUGAAGUGGCUAGCAGAGCAGACUGGAGUCCACAUCAUAGCUGGAGCUGGGUUUUAUGUUGACGCAACUCAUUCAGCAGCAACCAGGGCCAUGUCAGUGGAGCAGCUUACAGAUAUCCUUAUUAAUGAAAUUCUCCAUGGAGCUGAUGGAACCAGUAUCAAGUGCGGAGUUAUUGGAGAAAUCGGUUGCUCCUGGCCUUUGACUGACAGCGAGAGAAAGGUACUUCAGGCCACUGCUCACGCCCAGGCUCAGCUUGGCUGUCCCGUCAUCAUCCAUCCUGGAAGGAGCCCAGACGCACCAUUUCAGAUCAUCCGCAUAUUGCAGGAAGCAGGUGCAGACAUCUCUAAAACAGUUAUGUCCCACCUCGACAGGUCUAUAUUUAAUAAGAAGGAGCUGCUUGAGUUUGCUCAACUUGGCUGCUACUUGGAAUAUGAUCUCUUUGGUACGGAGCUCCUUAAUUACCAGCUCAGCCCAGCUAUCGAUAUGCCUGAUGAUAACAAAAGAAUUAGAAGGGUCCGCUUCCUGGUGGAUGAGGGCUAUGAGAAUCGGAUUCUCAUGGCACAUGACAUACACACGAAGCACCGAUUGAUGAAGUAUGGAGGUCACGGCUACUCGCAUAUUCUCACCAACAUUGUUCCUAAGAUGCUUCUUAGAGGAAUCGCUGAGAGAGCAAUUGAUAAGAUCCUCAUAGAAAACCCUAGACAAUGGCUAACAUUUAAGUAGGAUGGCUGUUGAUGAACACAGACCUCGAGGAUAAAAUUUGUAGAGAAUAUUCAGUGACUUCAAAUCUAUCUGAGACUUUAAUCCAAGCUACACAGGGCCAAUGACUGAUCACUUUCCUCCUAUAAGAAACUAUCACAGGGAAAUCUCUAAUUGGGGGCUACUGGGCUCAAGUAAGUCCUAUUGUUUUACCUUAAAAAAAAAAAAAAAAAAGAGCAUGUCCCCAAACAGUAAUUUAAAGCUGUAUCUCCCAAGAGUCGUUUUUUCCCCUGACUCUACCAUCUACACUACUUGAGAAAAAUGAAAGUGUCUCUAGUUAAGUUGCCCCCUUCUGGAGCAAUCUAAUGUUUCUUGUAAUAUUGAUGAUCCUGCUAAUUAUCCUGCUGUUCUUUAAUUAAUGCUUAAUGAAUAAUAUGGCAUUUUAAAAUCACUUUUGCAACAAGGGAAGUUACAUUUUGAGACAUUUUUUCCCCAAAGGAGACUGCAAUAAAAUUACCAAUUCACAAUAAUAAAAAUAUUUUGGAAGGUGAACUGUGUUUUCCAUCUAUAUCUGUAAACUUAUAAUAAAUCAGUUUUGCUGACUUUGGCUUCCUGGUCUCCAUUUUUGCUGUUAAUUAUGUUGUGUUUUGCAAAGUCUAUCUAAGAACACAUAAUAAUAGUGAAUUAUAAAAAUGAAAUCAUAAAAGUAAAAAUAUAUUACAUAAUAUAGUUUAAUGAAUCAUUACAGUUAUAAUAACAAAGGCCACAAUUUAAUUAAUUCAUAAGUUAUAAUGCAAAGAAAAAGAGAAAUGCUUGCCUUAUAUAUAGUCCCUUUAUUUCAUUUACCUUUUAUUUUUUUUUUCCUCAGGCCUAAACAGAGAAAAUAAUGCUUAUUUAUCCAAGAAAAGGUCAGGUCUAUUGGAAAUGACAGUCUGUUUGUAAAUACUACUCUUUAGAAGAGAUCCAGCCAUGAAGUUCUUUGCUAAUAAAGCCUUUUCAAAAAUAUUAGUUAAAACGCUUAACUGAUGUACACUGUUGUUUAUAAGUUAAUCCCUUGAAUCCUCACUAUGUGAUUUGAUACCUAAGACAAAUCUCUAAUCCCUUGCCGCCAAUCCAUCUUUGAUAAAUAUAUGCCGUUAAAUAGAAAUUAAAACAGUGGCAAUUCAUUUGUGAGUUACCUUACAUAUUAGAAGGG